AUGAAGAGGGGCAGCCAGAUAAAGAGGGGUAGCCAGAUGAAGAGGGGUAGCCAGAUGAAAAGGGGUAGCCAGAUGAAGAGGGGUAGCCAGAUGAAGAGGGGUAGCCAGAUGAAGAGGGGUAGCCAGAUGAAGAGGGGUAGCCAGAGGAAGAGGGGUAGCCAGAUGAAGAGGGGUAGCCAGAUGAAGAGGGGUAACCAGAUGAAAAGGGGUAACCAGAGGAAGAGGGGUAGCCAGAUGAAGAGGGGUAGCCAGAGGAAGAGGGGCAGCCAAAGGAAGAGGGGUAGCCAGAUGAAGAGGGGUAGCCAGAUGAAGAGGGGCAGCCAGAUGAAGAGGGGUAGCCAGAUGAAGAGGGGUAGCCAGAUGAAGAGGGGCAGCCAGAUGAAGAGGGGUAGCCAGAUGAAGAGGGGUAGCCAGAUGAAGAGGGGUAGCCAGAUGAAGAGGGGUAGCCAGAUGAAGAGGGGUAGCCAGAUGAAGAGGGGUAGCCAGAUGAAGAGGGGUAGCCAGAGGAAGAGGGGCAGCCAGAUGAAGAGGGGUAGCCAGAUGAAGAGGGGUAACCAGAUGAAGAGGGGUAACCAGAGGAAGAGGGGUAGCCAGAUGAAGAGGGGUAGCCAGAGGAAGAGGGGCAGCCAAAGGAAGAGGGGUAGCCAGAUGAAGAGGGGUAGCCAGAUGAAGAGGGGCAGCCAGAUGAAGAGGGGUAGCCAGAUGAAGAGGGGUAGCCAGAUGAAGAGGGGUAGCCAGAUGAAGAGGGGUAGCUAG